AUGGGUGGAAAAAGGGAACCCGCACACCCCCUCUACCUAGAGGACCCUCCACACCUGGCCUACCUAGAGGACCCUCCACACCUGGCCUACCUAGAGGAUCCUCCACACCUGGCCUACCUAGAGGACCCUCCACACCUGGCCUACCUAGAGGACCCUCCACACCUGGCCUACCUACAGGACCCUCCACGCCUGGCCUACCUAGAGGAUCCUCCACACCUGGCCUACCUAGAGGACCCUCCACACCUGGCCUACCUAGAGGACCCUCCACACCUGGCCUACCUAGAGGACCCUCCACACCUGGACUCUCUAGAGGAUCAUCCACACCUGGCCUACCUAGAGGAUCCUCCACACCUGGCCUACAUAGAGGACCCUCCACACCUGGCAUCUCUAGAGGAUCCUCCACACCUGGCCUACCUAGAGGACCCUCCACACCUGACCUACCUAGAGGACCCUCCAUACCUGGCCUACCUAGAGGACCCUCCACACCUGACCUACCUAGAGGACCCUCCACACCUGGCCUACCUAGAGGACCCUCCACACCUGACCUACCUAGAGGACCCUCCAAACCUGGCCUACCAAAAGAACCCUCCACACCUGGCCUACCUAGAGGACCCUCCAUACCUGGCCUACCUAGAGGACCCUCCACACCUGACCUACCUAGAGGACCCUCCACACCUGACCUACCUAGAGUAUCCUCCACACCUGGCCUACCUAGAGGACCCUCCAAACCUGGCCUACCAAAAGAACCCUCCACACCUGGCCUACCUAGAGGACCCUCCAUACCUGGCCUACCUAGAGGACCCUCCACACCUGGCCUACCUAGAGGACCCUCCAUACCUGGCCUACCUAGAGGACCCUCCACACCUGACCUACCUAGAGGACCCUCCACACCUGGCCUACCUAGAGGACCCUCCACACCUGACCUACCUAGAGGACCCUCCAAACCUGGCCUACCAAAAGAACCCUCCACACCUGGCCUACCUAGAGGACCCUCCAUACCUGGCCUACCUAGAGGACCCUCCACACCUGACCUACCUAGAGGACCCUCCACACCUGACCUACCUAGAGUAUCCUCCACACCUGGCCUACCUAGAGGACCCUCCAAACCUGGCCUACCAAAAGAACCCUCCACACCUGGCCUACCUAGAGGACCCUCCAGACCUGGCCUACCUAGAGGACCCUCCACACCUGGCCUACCUAGAGGACCCUCCAUACCUGGCCUACCUAGAGGACCCUCCACACCUGACCUACCUAGAGGACCCUCCACACCUGGCCUACCUAGAGGAUCCUCCACACCUGGCCUACCUAGAGGACCCUCCACACCUGGCCUACCAAGAGAACCCUCCACACCUGACCUACCUAGAGGACCCUCCACUUCUGGCCUACAUAGAGGAUCCUCCACACCUGGCCUACCUAGAGGACCCUCCACUUCUGGCCUACAUAGAGGACCUUCCACACCUGGCCUACCUAGAGGACCCUCCACACCUGACCUACCUAGAGGACCCUCCACACCUGACCUACCUAGAGGACCCUUCACACCUGGACCCUCCACACCUGGCUUACCUAGAGGAUCCUCCACACCUGACUUACCUAGAGGACCCUCCACACCUGGCCUACCUAGAGGACCCUCCACACCUGGCCUACCUAGAGGACCCUCCACACCUGGCCUACAUAGAGGACCCUCCACACCUGGCCUACCAAGAGGACCCUCCACACCUGGCCUACAUAGAGGACCCUCCACACCUGGCCUACCUAGAGGAUCCUCCACACCUGGCCUACAUAGAGGACCCUCCACACCGGACCUACCUAGAGGACCCUCCACACCUGACCUACAUAGAGGACCCUCCACACCUGGCUUACCUAGAGGACCCUCCACACCUGACUUACCUAGAGGACCCUCCACACCUGGCUUACCUAGAGGACCCUCCACACCUGACCUACAUAGAGGACCCUCCACACCUGGCUUACCUAGAGGACCCUCCACACCUGACUUACCUAGAGGACCCUCCACACCUGGCCUACCUAGAGGACCCUCCACACCUGGCCUACAUAGAGGACCCUCCACACCUGACCUACCUAGAGGACCCUCCACACCUGACCUACCAAGAGGACCCUCCACACCUGACCUACCAAGAGGACCCUCCACACCUGACCUACCUAGAGGACCCUCCACACCUGACCUACCAAGAGGACCCUCCACACCUGGCCUACAUAGAGGACCCUCCACACCUGGCCUACAUAGAGGACCCUCCACACCUGACCUACCUAGAGGACCCUCCACACCUGGCCUACCAAGAGGACCCUCCACCCCUGGCCUACAUAGAGGACCCUCCACACCUGACCUACCUAGAGGACCCUCCACACUCCACCACAAAGCUGAGUGCUGUACCACUGUAG